UCAAGGUGCACAGACUGAAACAAGACAUGAACUGUGAGAGGGAGCUUUUAGUAAAAAAGGAGAUCUUCUGCAAUAGCUGCUGUAUCGUAGCAGGGUCAUUACCUGAAACUGUGGGAACCCCCUAAUCUGAGAUGUUUUCCUGUGUUAGAUCUGCAAUAUUUGCAGAAGCGAGACCACCCACCGACCUUCACCCCCCUCCACUUUACUCACCGCCCCUACUUUAAAGGGGAUGGAGGCAGAGAAGGUAGUGAGCAGAGAGUAGAAAGAGGAAGCAGCAUGUAAAGCAAUAUUUCUCCAACCUCAGCUUUAGCACUUCUCUGUUUUUAAAAAAACAAGUAAUGUUGUGCCUGGAGGAACAUUUGCCGCUUGGAUUGGCUGUGACUGGAAGAUGACGGGAGGUUUCCUUACUGUUCCCAUUAUGAGGCCUAAACACUGCUGGACCGUCCUGCAUGUGUCCAUCUUGGCAGCGCUGCUUCUCACCUUAAACGCUGACAAUGAAGAUUCAAAUUGUGAAGUUCAAAUUAAAGUACGUCGCAACACGGUUUAUGAAGCUUUCCUUGGGAACAUCCUUAGGAUUAACUGCACAGUUGGUUUCUGCAACAGUUCACCACCAACAGUCUCCUGGUUUAAACAUGAGAAGACAUCCGUCCCUGUCAAUGUCAGCAGCAGCAGUCACAUUAAAACGGAGUGGAAAGCUUUAAAACAUUUAGAAGGAGUAUCGUAUUUGGUCUUCCAAAAUAUACACAGCAAUGACUCUGGUGUGUAUUACUGCCAAAGUGGGCUCAUGGUGGGUCAUAUUAUCAACGUCUCUGUCCAUGUACGAGAUGAUGAGCAUACCAAUGUUACAAAGAAGAAUGACACAAACGUACCAACUGCUGAUUCUGACCCAACAGAAAAUCUCUGGAUGUACGUGUACACUGCUACUGGGAUUGUGGCAUUCGUCAUCAUCGUGAUAAUUAUAUCUGUUGCAUCAAUGCGAGGAUGUAAAGGGAAAUCAAAGAAAGAGAUGCAAACUGAAAAUCAGUACAUGGCAAUCCCCAUGGUCGAGCAACCACUCCCCCACGCCAGCCUCCAGCCCUCACCGAGAGGAAGCCCCUCUGCCCCGCCAUCUCGGAGAUCUACCCGAAGAGAACAGCCCUUGCAACUCAAUGAGCCAUUACCAAGAGACAGUGAGCGCCUUUACAGCAAGAUAAAAGGGGACAGAGACAGAAAGAGGAAUACGGUGGAGGAAGAGGAGAAUUCUGUUGUGUAUGCAGCUCUCAACCAUCAGCUCCCUGUGGGGGUUGCUGCUCGGCCACGGAGGCCACAGGAGGAGUUUUCGGAGUAUGCGGCGAUCCGUGUUCAAGGCCCAAAACCAACCAGACACUAGAAGAGCACUGAUAUUUCAAAUUGGUACAUCCCAGAGGAGCUCUGGAGGGCAAGGGAUUCAGAUCCACGAAGCUCGUCUUGGACAGAGUUUUCAUUUCCAUUUUUGUAAAAACUGCUCUCAUCACAACAAGAGGAUGCUACAGCACAGACUUCCCCACCCAGUCUACCUGAUGCUCUAAAUAUUUGUCCUAUAAUCUAAGCACUAAUAUUUUCAUUUCCACCGUCUGGUCAAUACUUUAAAGGCCCUACACACCUGCACAGGUGUUUUCACUUUGGCUGAUUAGACCUUCGCUCAAGUUUGGCGGAGCUGUGCUGGGAAUUUGUGAGGUCAUCAUGUACCAACAUGGGUGCACUCCAUACGUGCUAAAUUGAAAUGGAGUAAACCAAACUAGCACUAAGGCAUAGUGCUAGUUUGUGAUUGUUCAGCACCCCAGAUGGCAUAAGCACCUUGAAAUCAGCAGCUCUGUGUAGCAAGUAAGCAAAAAACUGGACAAAUAAACACAUAUUUAAUAUGACCUCUCAAGACUGAAUCCAAAUAGAAAAGGUGCUUUCUGUCUUUACCAGCGCUUGAUGAAAUUGAGGUUUACCACAGCAUCAAUACUAUCUGCUGCCGUUUGAUUAUUACCUAAUGGAGAUUACAUUUCAGAGUUGUUGCCUCAUACGCUGCCUUCUGCGCUCAACUUUAGCCACCUUCCUCUUUCCUCCACCUUCAGUUACUUUUAUACUAACAGUUUUGGAAAAAGUAAAGUUACUACUGAUUUGCUAGAAGUUUGCCUUGUUUACAUCACAGAACAAUAAAAUGUAUCUCUUUCUUACCUGGAAAUUAUACUGACAUGAUCCCCUAUGGUGGAUUUCCUCAAAUCAUUGUGAUCUACCAAAUUGCGGGUGCAUUAUUCAAAUCUUGUUUCAAAAUUAAAUUGCCAGGGGCAAAAGGCUGGUGAUAUUCCGGAUUUUUCUUAAUGUCACCAAAUCUCAUUAAAAAACAAAACCGACAUUAAAUUGAUCCUACUAACAUGAAUUAUCUGUGUAUCCAAAGCCUGAUAUAUCUCAUUCCUCUGUGGUACAGCGCUUCAUUGCUGCCCAAAAAACAUUUCAAAACACAUAAAUGAGUCACACUGGCUGACAUGUUUCUUCACUACCAUGUACACACAAUGUAGUUAUUUAGAGUCAGUUCCACAAACACCAUCCUGCAACUGUAAAUAUUCACUAGAGCACCAAAUGUGUAUUAAUACACAGAUAAAAAUAGUCCCCAAAAAUUCACCUGUUUCGUCUUGUUUGUCGAAAAUCUGCUAAAACCCACAGUGCACAGCUGUUUUAGGAAAUUACUUUGAAACUAUACAAUAAAUGAAUAAAAUGAAGAUCUGUGCCCCGUUUUCACGUCUUCAGUAAGAAGUAAUGUGAUUGUGGCUGAGUGCCACAGACAGGAUGAGAAGUCAGAAUAUUGAGAGAUGGACUAAUGUUGUGUUGGAUUUUGGUAUUUGAUUGGAUUAGUUGACAAUAAGAAAAAUAUAGAAUUGCACCAGUUAUUUUAACCUCACAAGUGAGAAAAGGUUGAUCAUUGGCUGCUAAAUCCCCAGACUGUGUAAAUCUGCAGCACUGGAGACUCAGCACUAACUCUGACCAAACUAAAUGUAAUUUUAUAAUUUUUGUCUGCUGUCUCCAACUAAUAUGGGUUUGUUUGUGACCUUGGUUGAAAUGAUUUGUUUCAUGCUGUUGCAGUUCCAUGACUUGAAUUAAAUCUAUUAAUUUACAUCGCAUCUGAUAACUAAUGGUUUCAUGAACUCAAACCAGAUAUACAAUCUCAACUACUGACUCAUUUUCUGACUAUAUGAAUGACUAAUGAACUCUUGUAAUUUAGUGUUUCACAACCUUUUAGAAUUAUUGAUUGUGUUUCUUAAACUGGGAAAUGGAGAAAGUAAUAAUCUCAUUAUUUUGUGCAAUCAGAUGAUAUAAUGUGUAUCUAUAACUGACGAUUUGAAUUAUGAUUACAUGAUGCUAUCACUGCUGA